AUGUCGGAUAGUGGUAGGAUAGGUCAAGUGCUUGCUUUAGAUGGACCACUUCUUGAUCAGCUUCGAGAAGCUAAAGCGUUCAAGACAACUCAAAACUGGAAUCUAUUCAGGACGCCGUCGACUUUGUUUCGACAAGAGACUGCUGAGCUUGGCUGCGAUAUUGAGGAUGUCAACGAGCAGAAAACUACGUUGAAAAGACUCAUAGUUGGAGAAAAGAUGAGCGGGAAGAGUGUUCACCUGCUACAGGCUAUGAGCAUGGCAUAUUUGAACAAGUGGAUGGUGAUCAAUGUGCCAGACUGCCAGGAGUACGUACUCAACCAGUCCGCAUAUGCACCAUUACGGAAAAAGAAUGAAGCAGACGAGCAAGUAUAUGUGCAACCACAGCUAACCUCCGAUCUCCUUACCCGCUUCGCCUAUUCAAAUUCCAAUCUCCUCUCCAAGCUGACCCCGAUUCACAACCACUCAGACCUUCCUAAAGGCAGGAACGUGAAGACCCUCCAUGAUCUGGCCAUGAUUGGUGCUCAGGAGUCAUCUAUGGCAACACGAAUAUGGGAUGCCGUCUGGAAAGAGCUUACUACAAAAUCACAAGAUGGAAAGACCGCGCGACCACCAAUACUCAUUGCUAUUGAUGGGAUCAACUUUUGGAUGGGCAUGACCAAAUAUCACAGCGCAGAUUAUAAGCCUAUUCAUGCACAUCAAUUCAAAUUGAUCAAACAACUUCUCACUCAAGUGUUCAACACAACGCCAAACUCUCUACCUAAUGGUGGUAUAGUGCUAGCAUGCACCACAAAGUCCAACCAUCCAAGCUAUCCAUCCUUCGAUUUGUUGGUCAAUCAGAUCAGAGCACUCAAUCAGGGCACGCAAAGACAAGACCCAGGCUUUCCACUAUGGGAUCCAUACCUCAAAGAAGCUGACCAGCGAGUCUACGACCUGCUGAACACAGCACGGAAUACACAACUCGUUGAGCUGAAGGGCUUGAGCAAGCCUGAAUCAAAGGGUCUGCUGGAAUACUUUGCACUCAGUGGUAUGCUGAGGGAGGCAGUCACUGAUAAUACAGUUGCCGAAAAAUGGACAUUGAGUGGUGGUGGUGUAGUGGGCGAGAUGUGUAAGCUUGGUGCAAGGGCGAGGACGAGCAUGUUUGCGACUGGACCAAGAGAGGGUGUCAGGAUGAGAGCCUGA